CAGGGGCCGGGCCGGGGCUACAGGCAUCGCGGCCCGGGGACACCAGGGCGGCGCGUGUCUGCACCCAGCUACCUCCCGCAGCGUCCGGGCUGCGGUGCUCCUGGGGCGGGAUUUGAUCCAGGCUACCAACGAGACCAAUGUCAAUAUCCCUCAGAUGGCCGACACCCUCUUUGAGCGGGCGACAAACAGUAGCUGGGUGGUGGUAUUUAAAGCUUUAGUGACCACACACCAUCUCAUGGUGCAUGGAAAUGAGAGAUUUAUUCAGUAUUUGGCCUCUAGGAAUACGCUAUUCAAUCUCAGCAACUUUCUAGAUAAAAGUGGAUCCCACGGUUAUGAUAUGUCUACGUUCAUACGGCGUUACAGUAGAUACUUGAAUGAAAAGGCUUUCUCCUACCGACAGAUGGCAUUUGACUUUGCCAGAGUGAAGAAAGGGGCUGACGGUGUCAUGAGGACGAUGGUUCCUGAAAAGCUCCUGAAGAGUAUGCCAAUCCUGCAGGGNCAGAUCGAUGCACUGCUGGAGUUUGAUGUGCAUCCAAAUGAACUAACCAAUGGCGUCAUAAAUGCUGCAUUUAUGCUUCUUUUCAAAGANCUUAUCAAACUGUUUGCUUGCUACAAUGACGGCGUCAUUAACUUACUUGAAAAAUUUUUCGAGAUGAAGAAAGGUCAAUGCAAAGACGCGCUAGAAAUUUACAAGCGAUUUCUAACUAGAAUGACGAGGGUAUCNGAAUUCCUCAAGGUCGCGGAGCAAGUUGGUAUUGAUAAAGGNGACAUUCCCGACCUNACGCAGGCUCCCAGCAGUCUUAUGGAGACCCUUGAACAACAUCUAAAUACCCUAGAAGGAAAGAAACCUGGAAACAAUGAAGGAUCUGGUGCUCCCUCUCCAUUAAGUAAGUCUUCUCCAGCCACAACUGUUACAUCUCCUAAUUCUACACCAGCUAAAACUAUCGACACAUCCCCGCCAGUUGACAUAUUUGCAACAGCAUCCGCGGCUGCCCCAGUCAGCUCUGCUAAGCCAUCAAGCGAUCUCCUUGAUCUUCAGCCUGACUUCUCUGGAGCGGCUGCGGGGGCAGCAGCACCUGUAGUGCCNCCUUCUGGGGGUGCCACCGCCUGGGGAGACCUUUUGGGAGAGGAUUCCUUGGCUGCACUUUCCUCUGGUCCCUCUGAAGCACCGAUUUCAGACCCAUUUGCACCAGAGCCUUCCCCUCCUACUACAACCACUGAGCCUGCUUCAGCCUCUGCCUCAACCACCACAGCUGUGACGGCUGUCACUACGGAAGUGGAUCUCUUUGGAGAUGCCUUUGCAGCUUCUCCUGGGGAGGCCCCUGCAGCAUCCGAAGGGGCUACCGCACCAGCUACCCCGGCCCCAGUGGCUGCAGCUCUUGAUGCAUGCUCAGGAAAUGACCCUUUUGCCCCAUCUGAAGGUAGCGCAGAGGCUGCACCUGAGCUGGACCUCUUUGCAAUGAAGCCACCUGAGACCAGCGCUCCUGUAGUUACCCCUACAGCUAGCACAGCCCCUCCAGUUCCCGCAACUGCUCCUUCUCCUGCUCCCACGGCUGUGGCAGCCACUGCUGCCACCACCACCGCCGCUGCUGCAGCUACCACCACUGCCACCACCUCUGCUGCUGCCGCCUCCGCCACCACCGCCGCCGCUGCUCCUCCUGCUCUAGAUAUCUUUGGUGAUUUGUUUGAUUCUGCUCCUGAAGUUGCUGCAGCACCUAAGCCAGAUGCGGCUCCUAGCAUAGACCUGUUUGGCACAGAUGCUUUCUCCUCCCCACCACGAGGGGCCUCUCCGGUGCCUGAGAGUUCUCUCACUGCUGACCUCUUAUCCGUGGACGCAUUUGCAGCGCCGUCUCCUGCAUCCACUGCCUCUCCUGCAAAGGCGGAGUCCUCGGGUGUCAUAGACCUUUUUGGGGAUGCGUUUGGAAGUGGUGCUUCUGAAACCCAGCCAGCACCACAGGCUGUUUCUAGUUCAUCAGCAUCGGCAGAUCUACUAGCUGGAUUUGGGGGUUCUUUCAUGGCCCCUUCUACAACGCCAGUGACUCCAGCUCAGAAUAACCUGCUGCAACCCAGUUUCGAGGCAGCUUUUGGAACGACGCCUUCNACUUCAAGCAGCAGCUCCUUUGACCCAUCAGUGUUUGAUGGUUUAGGCGAUCUUCUGAUGCCAACCAUGGCACCAUCCGGGCAGCCUGCCCCUGUCUCAAUGGUCCCACCCAGUCCUGCAAUGGCAGCCAGCAAAGGCCUCGGAAGUGACCUUGACUCGUCUCUGGCCAGUUUAGUAGGCAAUCUUGGGAUUUCUGGUACCACAUCAAAAAAGGGAGAUCUCCAGUGGAAUGCUGGGGAGAAAAAGCUGACUGGUGGAGCCAACUGGCAACCAAAAGUCACUCCGGCCACAUGGUCAGCGGGUGUUCCCCCGCAAGGCACUGUUCCGCCAACCAGCUCAGUCCCUCCGGGUGCNGGGGCCCCGUCCGUUGGGCAACCUGGAGCAGGAUUUGGAAUGCCUCCUUCGGGGACAGGCAUGACCAUGAUGUCUCAGCAGCCAGUCAUGUUUGCACAGCCCAUGAUGAGGCCACCCUUUGGAGCUGCAGCUGUGCCCGGCACACAGCUGCAAUUUUUGUGACUGAAUAGGAAAAAACUAACCUGAGUUUGGAAACUUCAGAUAAGAUUGAUGCUCAGUUUCAAAGUGAGCCACCAGUACCAAACCCAGUGCUGACGCGUAACUUCCUCUCCCAAGCACACAGCCCAGCUGUGGCAGUGAACAUUAGGAAUGUGUACUCUUUAGCUGUUACCCUGCUCUUCCAGCUCGUAGCGUAUUCGGGUUCUUUGUGUGUUGUACGACGUAAACAAUGAGUGAAUGAAUGGUUCCAAUGCCUUUAGUGCUUUUCUGGACGUUGCCCGUGGACGGAGGAUGACGCAGCUGUUCUGUGGUGAGCCAUUUGGAAAGAUGUGUCUGUGUUUUCGAAAGGUUUCGAUGUAUAUAUAACUUUUGGACAGACUCAAGUCCUCCCAUGAACUUUUCUCUUCUCUUCUGUACCUCUGUUACAAGCGUAAUGUGAUACUAUCAGCUAGUGAGAAAAACACUCUUAACUAUACAAAAAACUUUUUCGGUGUGGAGUACAUUUUUCCAAUCACAGAAACUUCCAACUUGUUGUGAGAAAUGUUUAUUUUUGUGCACUGUAUAUGUUAAGAAAUUUUAUUUUAAAAAAAAAAAUGAAGCCUAAUGUCCAUGAUAAAACUUCUCCUUGAUGAAGCUACCUUAUCAAGAAUGAGAAAAAUCAUAUGAGAAGAAGUCCAUAUUUAUCACUGCUAUAUUAAGAUAUAUAUUUUAAUUAUAUUUGCAGGGUUUGCAUCUAAAUUGACCUAUUUAUUCAUUUGUGAUCAAAGGCACCGAAAAGUGGAGCUUGUUUCUAUUGUGUCUGUGACAAUGCAGGUAGAGAUGUGCUGUUUCUGUGACUAUGAACGUGCCCCAAGAGACAUCUGUAACUUAAAGAGAACUGCAAAUAUUUUUUAUUUCAGUGUGGGUUUACGUACAUCUGUUCAGUUAGUAUUUCUUUGUGUGUUCUAUAGAGUAGUGUUUCUCCAUCCUUCAAUUGAGCUCAAAGUGACUUCUAUUGUACCUUUGUGAUAGGAUUGAAACCAAUUCAGCGAAUUGUAUCUUUUAAUGUACAUACUGUAUUCUUUGAUUUUCAGUUUGUUGUCAUACUGUCUGUGCCGAUGGCUUGGCUGAAGAUUUUGAUGCGUACACAAGGUCACUGUUGAUCAGUGUUGUUUAGUGGCUUGGCAGCUCUUUGUAAAAGCAUAUUGGGUUGGAAAGGCAUUUGCCUAUUUUUCAAAUUAUUUAAUAGAUGUAUGGUACCCUUUAAAGUGGUUGUAUCUGAAUUUACUGUGGGGAUAACAUACACUGUAAUGGGGGAAAAUUACCUAAAACCAAUUUCAAAAUGGCUUUUCUUUGUAUUUUGGUUUAAAAACCCAGUGCAUGUCUGCCCUCUGAGAUGCAAUAAACACCUUGAACCAAGAAAAUA